AUGGCAGUGCAGAAUGUUAAAUUCCAGGAAGAGACAAGAAAUAACCAAAGGAACACUAAUGCUUCUAUCAAAAAUCUUGAACUUCAACUUGGGCAGAUAGCACAACUGAUCACGAGCUCUCAAGCACCAAGUGCUUUACCAAGUGCAACUGUGACAAAUCCAAGAGAGCAUAAUAAUGUGAGUGCAGUAACUACAAGAAGUGGAAAAGCAACUGAAGUGCCUGAAAAGAGAGUUGAGGAAGAAGAUACACUGCUUGAAAUGGAUCUUGAAAUCUUAGAAAACAAAACACCACCUACAGAAGAAGUCGUAUUGAAGCCAAUUGUGAAGGAAAAGCCCACUAAGCCAAAGCCCAUAAUAAAGCUACCAUUUCCACAAAGGAACAAGAAGCAGAAGCAGGACGAGAAAAACUUUCAGAAGUUUGUAGAAAUGUUCAGGAAGUUGGAAAUCAACAUCCCAUUAUCAGAGGCACUCGAGCAGAUGCCUAUUUAUGCCAAAUUCAUGAAGGACAUCAUAUCCAAGAAGCGCACCACUGACACUGACUCUGUUAUACUAACUGAAACUUGUAGUGCUAUUUUGCAGGGUAUGAAGAUUCCAGUUAAGAAGCCAGAUAGAGGCUCGGUUACUAUUCCGUGCACCAUUGGAGACAGGUCCUUUAAAAGGGCUCUGAUUGAUUUGGAGGCUAGUGUGAGCCUUAUGCCUUUGUCCAUCUACAGGAAACUCGGGAUUGGAAGAGUUCAAGACACCAGAAUGACACUUCAAUUUGCCGAUCACUCAAUGAAGAAACCAUUUGGGAUUGUUUAG